AUGAUGAAUAAAUCGAAAUCUGAAUAUACAAAUGUGCUCAUCGUUGGUGGUGGUAUUGCAGGAUUAGCUACAGCAAAAAGUCUCAUUUCAAACAAUAUUCCUUGUAUGAUUAUCGAAGCACAAGAUUACAUCGGCGGUCGUGUUAAAACUGUCGUCACUUCUGAUAAAGUUCCAAUUGAUUAUGGUGCACAAUUCAUUCAUGGUGAAGAUGGAAAUAUUGUUUAUGAAAUUUGUAAGAAAAUCAAUUGUAUUAGUAACAACAAUGAAAAUCAAUAUGAAUUAUUUUUAACUUCAAAUGGAGAAAAAGUCGACGUUGAAACAGGAAAACAGUUUUGGAAAAUUCGUGAUAAUAUAUUGAACAAAACAAAAGCAAUGGAAACAGAAAACACAACUUUUCGUGAAUUUUUAUGUGAAAAUUAUAAUACAGAAUUAUCUCAUUUGAUUUCUGAUGAUAUAACACGUAAUGCAUUGAUUGAAUGGUUUAUUAAAUUUGAAGAAGAAGAUAGUGGUUGUGAUACUUUAGAUAAUCUUAGUUUAUCAGAAUUUCGUUUCUUAGAAAUACUCAAAGGAAAUUAUAUGAAUACUUUAAAAUAUGGUUUUCAACCAUUUAUUGAUUAUCUUAGUUCAACUAUUUCUAAAGAUCAAAUUCGACUUAAUUUCGAAGUUAUUCAAGUCGAAUAUAAAACUCGUCAUCAUAUUCUUCUUGUUCGUGUUAAAGAUUUAAUUAAUAAGAAAAUCAAGAAAAUCUUUUGUGAUCAUCUUGUUUGGACAACAUCAAUUGGUUAUCUUAAAGAGAAUUUUACAAAAAUCUUUGCUACAGAAUCAAAACUCAUCAAACAAAAACUAUUAUGUAUCGAACGUUUUGGUUUUGGUACAAUGAAUAAAAUUUUGUUAAUUUAUCGUGCUGAUGCUGAUUUUUGGUCUGAUAAUAUUAUUGGUAUUAAUCUCUUACAACUUUCUACUUCUCCAUUAAAACUUUCAAAUGAUCAAAUGAAUUUUUUAAAUGAUCAUCAAAUUGAUUUUAAUAAAGCACAAACGAUUCUUGAUGCAAUUAUUUAUGCAAGAUGUUCAAUAGAUGUACAUAUGAUCACUUUUGGAAUAGGUGGUCCAGCUGCAUUACUUGUUGAAGAUAUUAAUGAAACAAUACUUAGUCGUUUAUGUCAUGAUGUUCUUUCUCAUUAUUUGAAAAUAGAAAAUAAAGAACAAAAUCGACCAAUAUCUGCUUUCAAAUCCGAAUGGCGAAAAAAUCGUUUUAUUCGUGGUUCAUAUUCAUUUCGUUCGACAAAUUCUGUACGAAAUGAUCAAGAUGCUUUACGUGAACCGUAUAAACCAGAUGGAAUUCCACGAAUUUUAUUUGCAGGUGAAGCCACUCAUCAACGAUUUUUUUCGACAAUUCAUGGAGCUUUUGAAAAAUUGCACUCAAUACAAAGGAUCAAUUCAAUUCCAUUGAAAAGAAUUCCAAUGAAUUAUAUUUCUUUAAUUAUUUUUCUCGGUGUAAUGAUCACUAUGAUUCAUUGUUCGAUUAUUUCUCGAACAAAUAAUCGUAAUGAUGUUGAUCCAUUUGGAUUAAUUCGAGAUAACUAUGGUUGUGAUGCGGUUAUUAAAAGUUGUGGAAAUAAAGGCAAAUGUUGCGAUGUUCAUGAUGCUUGUUACAAACGACAUGGCUGUAAAGCUAUUAGUUGGAUCUAUUUGUGGGGAAAUUGUCGUCAAUGCAAUUUAGAUGUAAUGGCUUGUGCUGUUAGACAAAAUCCGGGAAAAAGUUCAUGCUGUUCAGCUGGAAAUUGUGGACAACCACGACCAUAA